CUUGGGCUUUGCACCCGGCGGCGACUGAAAACGGUGGCUGCUGCGGAGCCGGCAGCGCAGGCGGGCGGAGCGGAGCUGCCCCCGUGGUGGCGGGCGAUGCCCCCGUGAGCCUCCCUCGCCGCCCCUCCCCGCCCCGCGUGCCUACCCACUCGGAGUCCGCGCCCGCCUGGGGCCGGGCCGCGCCUACUGCCGGGUCCGCGGGGCGGGGUCCCGGGGCAGCACCUGCCCCGCCUUGCGGAGCCGCCUCGGCCUGCGGAGCCCCCCUCCCUAUCUGGACCCCGGCCCCACCUCCGGACCCUUUUGCCACAUCGCCUCCUCCUGGGAGCCUGCCCUGAUUGCCUUCACCUCAUUUCUUGAAAACUGGUGUUUUAGCAGAAGUGGAUUGAAGCCUUGUGCAAAUGCCCUAGGGGUGUGCUGUUGGGAGGGGCACAGCCCCCUGUGAUGCGGAACACCAGGCUCAGAUUCAUCAAUUUGAGCUGCCUGAGGCCCUGCUGCCCCAGGGACCAUGUUUAACGGGGAGCCAGGUCCUGCCUCGUCUGGGGCCUCCAGGAACGUGGUGCGGAGCUCCAGCAUUAGCGGUGAAAUCUGCGGAUCCCAGCAAGCUGGGGGCGGGGCUGGGACCAGCACCGCCAAGAAGCGGAGGAGCAGCCUGGGUGCCAAGAUGGUGGCCAUUGUGGGCCUGACUCAGUGGAGCAAGAGCACACUCCAGCUUCCGCAGCCUGAAGGGGCCACCAAGAAGCUGCGCAGCAACAUCCGCCGGAGCACGGAGACGGGCAUCGCGGUGGAGAUGCGGAGCCGGGUCACGCGCCAGGGCAGCCGGGAGUCCACCGAUGGGAGCACCAACAGCAACAGCUCCGACGGCACGUUCAUCUUCCCCACCACCCGUCUGGGGGCUGAAAGCCAGUUCAGCGAUUUCCUGGAUGGGCUGGGACCAGCUCAGAUUGUGGGGCGACAGACACUGGCAACACCACCCAUGGGAGACGUGCACAUUGCCAUCAUGGACCGCAGUGGCCAACUGGAGGUGGAAGUGAUUGAAGCUCGGGGCCUGACCCCCAAACCAGGCUCCAAAUCCCUCCCAGCCACCUAUAUCAAGGUUUACCUGCUGGAGAAUGGGGCCUGCUUGGCCAAGAAGAAGACAAAGAUGACCAAGAAGACCUGUGAUCCCCUGUACCAGCAGGCUCUGCUCUUUGACGAGGGACCCCAGGGCAAGGUCCUGCAGGUGAUUGUCUGGGGAGACUAUGGCCGCAUGGACCACAAGUGCUUCAUGGGCAUGGCCCAGAUCAUGCUGGACGAGCUGGACCUGAGCGCCGCGGUCACCGGCUGGUACAAACUCUUCCCCACCUCCUCAGUGGCAGACUCCACACUCGGAUCCCUCACGAGGCGCCUGUCCCAGUCUUCCCUGGAGAGUUCCACCAGCCCCUCAUGCUCUUAAGGAUGUCAGGAAGAGGCCAGGAUGGUGGUGUGGGGAGGGGUGCCUGCUGGCCCCAUGUCCUCCCCUGUACAUAGUCUUUGUGUCUUUCUGGACCCCUUGUCCUGCUGCAUGCCUGUUGGCUACUGGGCUCAUCCCAGCUGGCAGUGGAGACUGUAGUGUGUGCGUGUGUGCGUGUGUUCAUGUGUGUGUGUGUACGUGACCACGUUCUAUCUGUUCAUUUGUCUGGGUGUAGUCACUCCUGGUGACGACUUGGGCUGAAAUGUCUCCAUGUCUCUUUGUAUCUUGUUGAAAAGAAACCCAAAGGAGUGUUGUGUGGACACGACUCACCCUGAGGAGUCUCCAGUGGUGGAAGUGGGGCACGCGGCCACUGGUCGGUGCUGCCUGGUCCUGGACCCGGGGCAGAGCCUGUGUGUUCUCCACCUGUGCCUGCUCCUGGUGGUCUCUGCUUUGUUUUCUGUCUUGUCUUUUGUUCCACUCUUGACUCUCCUGGCUCUGCCGCUGUUUUCUGAGGAAUGUAGCAUCCGCUGCAGCUGGCCACACUGAAGGCCCUCUGGGAACCCCACCCCACCAGAGCUGCUCCGGCAGCUCUUCCUGCCACUGAAUGCGUUCUGCAGCAUGUAGCAUGCCCACCUAGCUCCCUGGCCAGGGCCCUGGGGAGGCAGAGAGUACCGGCGGGGGGGCGGGCUGAGGGCUUAGAAAUGACUUUCUCUGUGCGGCUGGAACCGCCUCCUUCCUCCAGUGAAGCACGAGGUCUUGGUUCCAGGGUUCCUGGCCAGGUGCCCCCUUAGCAUUCGUUCUUCAUCUCCUGUCUCUUCAAGCCUCCGCACUCCCCCAUGCUGAAGGAGCUCUGCCAGUGGGCCUGGGCAGGCAGCCGCGAGAGGGCAUGUUAUCUGCUAAAGCAGACAGUCCUCCUGAGGCCCUGAGGGUGGUCCUGAUGCCCUUGGGGCUCAUUCCUGGUGGGCAUGACUCGGUAAGGAGGUGCUGUGGGUAGGGCUGUUUGCCGGAAUAAGGAAGGCUGAGGCUGACUUAUUCCCCGCCACUGCUGAGGAUCCCGUCUGGCAUUUGGGGAUUCGCUGCAUGAAGUUGUUCAUUUGGGGCUCCAGUUUUUGUGCAUUUCCAGACCAGGGUCCCUGUCUGGGAGCUCAGACUCAGCUGGGCUCCAGCAGCCUGGCUCCGGACUCUCGUCUGCCACCAUCACCAGCUCUGUCUAAGCAAUACUUGCCCCUCCCCCGGGCCUCCCUGCUCUCCUGUGCCCCACUGCUGCCCUCUGCAGAGCCAUCUGCUCCAGGCACUCACCUGCCUCUGCUUGCUUUCUCACCCAUGUCUGGUUGGAGCUUCUCACAGCCACUCAAACCCUAACUUGAUUUGACAACUGGGCCCUGUUGGUGGGGACCAUUGCCUGGACUGGACCCUGUGAAAUCUGACCCGUGGGAAUCCUGAAGUCUGACUCAGGAAUGCCCAGACCUGUCCCUGUCCCUCCUCAGUUCUAGGGUGAAAGGCAAGAGGUUGCUCAGGAGAUGGACAGAGCAGCCCUUGGGUUUGUAUCUGGUAGGGAAGAAAGCAGCAGGACAGUGGAGGUGUGGGGAAGGCGCUCUUUCCACCUCUCCCCAGGCAUUAUCCCCAGGUGCUGAAAUUGCUGUGGCCCCAGGACCUGAGGCAGGGAUGCACUACCUGGAGUAGCAGUAGAAAGGUCUUGGGGCCUGAAUGACUUGGGGCCUCCAUUCAUAACCAAAGUCGGAGGGGCAUGGAGGCAGUGGCGGCUUGUGGAUAGGCCAUCUCAGCCCAAAGGGCCUCUUUGGCUGGCAUGGUUCCGUGUUGGGUUGAAGCUAGAAUCCUGUAACUCCUCCCAAGAAAGAUAGGGGAAGAAGCCAGAACCCCACCUGGCCUGCCCACAGGACAAGAAGUGGGUAAGGGCAGGAAGGAAUGAACAGAGUUAGCUCCCAGGUUCCUGUCUCUGCCUGAGCCUCUAUUCUUAUAGUAUCAGAGAAGGGGGCCAUUGGGUGCAUAGAGAUGGGGAGGAGGCCACUGGGCUGAGUUUUCUCUUUAGGCAGAAAUGCUCUCCCCAGGCCCAUUGUGUUCGUCAAGUUCUUAGAAAUGGACAAAGGGCUCUGUCCUCCUCCACCCUAGUGGAGGAUCAAGAAGGAAACUCCCUUGCAAAAGGGUAUUUUAAUCUCCUGUUUAUGAUUUAUUCACCUCUACAGCAGUCACUGUCAGGGUGGUGUGAAAAUACUCUACACCUGUGGGAUGAUAGGGUUGUUAGUGACCCACAGGACAGUAGAGAUGUUUGCUGAUGUAGCACUGAGUAGUGAUACCCAGACCAGCAGUCACCCCAGGAAGUGGGGGCUACCCAUACCCUCAUUCCUCUGGUGGGGAGCUGUCUGCAGAGAGGCCUGCCACUGGGGGGUUCCAGGCCAUGGUGCCCCUUGCCUCUGGGGAAGGGUUAGCACAGGGGAGGUUCUAGCUGGAGGAGGGGCCUGAUGUGCUGGUAACUUGGGCUGACCUACCUACAAUCCCCGGCUGCCAAAACUGCCCAGCAGUUGGGCCACUCCACUCUUCCACCUCUCUAAAAGAAGGUAAUUUCCUCCCCAAAUCAACCUUGGGGAAUUAUUCUUUUAACCCUUUGCACCAAAUAAGUUCCUCAUCCCCACCUGGAUUUUACCCCAUGAGGGUAAAGUGCGAGGCUGACAUGUCUGUGUGAUGCAGUGUGGCUGGACUUAAGGGUCUAUUUCUCAGCAUCCUGGAUGCAGGGGCUUGUCUGAAAAGCCACUCUGGAGCUAGCCUGUCCCAGAAGAGGUGGAUGUGCAGAUGUAACUCCUGGUGUUUGCUGGGGUGGGGGAGCAUCUGCUGUUUGAGGAGGGAUGGUGGGGAAGGAAGGAACAUGAUCCCUCCGGAAGUCUCCCACCCUGGGGCCAACUCACUGCCAGGUUCAGUGUCCUGGCUCCAAAUGCCCCCUCACCCAGAUGAAACCCUGCAGUGGUUACAGGAAUGGAGCUCUUUGUCAUUCCACCUCCUCUGGUCAGGCGAGGUUCACCGUGCAUAUGGCAGAGACAGGAGUGGCCCUGCAGUAUGUUGGGUUGUGGGCAGGGACAGUGAUGGAUGACUCAGAGCGUCUGUCUUUGUAUUUCUGCUCUGUUCAUUCUGUCCUACUUUCUUCAUAGACUCCUUUUCCCUGCAAUGGGUCUUUGGUAUGAAAAAGGCUCCAGUAAAUGGAGCCAAGUCUUGGUUUGACAAGGGGAACUUGAUCCUUCAGGGAAGAACCAUCUCCAAAAUCACUCCCCAUCUGGUUUCUUCUACCACCCAAUUCUACUAGGAAAGGAGCACUUAGGAGGCUCUUGGGAUGCAGCAAGUCCUAGGCAAUGCCAGCAUUUCAUGGGGACUGAGGCAGAACCCAGGAGCUCUAAGAAAGACCACCCAUAGAGCUCAUUCCCCAUGGAAUCACUGCCGGUUAGAACACUGAGGUCAAGCCAGUCCUCCCAUGGUCAUGCCACCCACCAGGGAAGCAUCUCUGAUCUCUUCUUUACUGCCAGCCUUGAGGAGAGCAGAAGCCUCCAUUUUUAAAGACAAUAAAGACCUCCAAGGGUACUUCUUUGGAAAUGAAAUGUAGCACAAUCUUAGCCUAUGUUACCAGGAGCCCUGACAUGCAACCAGGGUCCCUCUUCCAUGCCCUGCUGCCCAGGAGACGCUGAGCUCCUCUUCCCCUGGGGUUCCAGCCCUCCUAAUACCUCAUAUUCCCCAUCUUCCUCAGCCCAGAAAGCAAUGGGGCUUUAGUGAUGCUCCUCUGUUGUGUCUCUCUAGUUGCCUCUAGCACUGUGCAAACUCUGCAAGAAAGUGCUGCCUUUGCUUGAUGUUGUAGAUGAGUUGCCCUCCACCUGGCUGGAGAGAUGGCACAUCAUUCAGGGCCAGAAGGUUGUCCAGCAGUGUUUCUGCAGUGGCUGCAGGGAGAUGGAAAAGAAGAGGCCUGCUUCCCUGCCUCCUCCUACCUUUCUCUUCCACUCCUCAGAGUUUUCUUCUCCAGUAUCCUGACACGUAAAGAGAUUCUUUAAAAUGCUGCUUCUUCUACCGGACUGUCUUUCACUGAGUGGUCAGGGAGGAGAUGAAAAUGUGGACACACACCCACCCCCCCCCGCCCCCCCCGCCUUCUCCCUCAACCUUUUCACUCACGUCAGAAGAGGUUGGGGCAAAACAAAACAAGCAUGAUUGAAGAGCAGGGGAAGCCCACACAAUCAGGUGAGGCCUGAUGGGGGCUGGACUGGCCUGGUCUGGCUGGGAAAGGGUUCUUUUAAAAGUGUGCCUGAGCAUCUCAGAGCAAUGUCAGUGAUGCCAAAGAGAGCAACUUGGCCUCCUUGGGCACCAACUCUGCCAGCUGAGUUGCACAAACGUGGCUCAGAUGUUGGCAUGUCCGACGGUGGGACCUUGUUCUCUGAUAAAGGGCUUAAUCUUUCCAUGUAGCAAAGCAACUCUCCCUCCCUCCUCUCCCCCUGAACCCUGAGCUUGGGCUUGUGUGGGCCCAGCAUGGCUGUGCCUGUGAGGGAAGCCACAUCAGAGAGAGAAAGUUGCGUUCUCUCAGGGGUCUAGACUGGCUUGGGGCAGGUGCUUGUUGAAAAGCAUGAGUGUUUCUGCUUUGGGAAACCCUUCCAGGGCUCUGGCUGGAAACUUGGCCAGUAAGGACAGGGCCUUGGGCCUCCCAAGGAGUUCACAGUGAUGCCAGGAAGGGUCCCUGAGCCUGGGUUCCAGUCAGCUUGGCUAACAGAAUGGGGCCUGGGAAUUCCAGGGGCAACUGAGCAUCCACCCCAUUAGCCAGUGAUCUGGAUGGGGACAGCUGGCUACAGGGAAUCAAAGACUGUUCUGUACAGUUUUGCCAGAAACUGUGACCUUGGGCAAGGCUCCUCACUUUUCUGGGCCUCAGCUUCCUCAUCUGCAAAAUGGGAGCAUUAGCUCAUCUCCCCAUGGUUCCCUCCCGGUUUUAAUUAAAAGUCUCUGAUCUGGAGCACAUGAGGGUUGCGAGCCUGGUGCACCUGGUUCCUGUCUCCGUGGGCUGGUUUCCUCCAGCCCCUGAUGCCCAGGCUGGGCGCAGGCCCUCAUCUGGUCCACACCCAGAUGCUGCCUCAGACAAGAACUCUGGGAAUCCUAACAGACUCUGCUUUCCUCUCUUCGUGGUUUGUCCUCCCUCUUUUAUUCUCGUGUGAUGAUGAGACAUAAUGAAGGGUCGUCUACAAUGUACAAUUUUCAAGGUGCUGAUGUGAUGUCACAACCUCAGCUACAUCCUGAGUAGGUCAGUGUCCCCAUCAGCAGAUGAGGCUGGGUCUUUCCUCAUUUCUGCUUCUGGGAUGACAUCAGUGGGAUAGCUGAAGAUCUGAGAAGUCUAAAGGAAAUGUUCUCUGAUGGGAGGAGAGAGGGAACUUAUUUCCCUUCAAAGUAGUUUGCUUCUUAAGACCACUCCUUCCUCCAGACCACUCCUUCCAGAAUGUCUUUAACCAGACAUCAUCUCAGAAGGCAGGGUGGCUGCUUCCUUAGGAAGAGUGGGCCUGAUAGCUCAACCAACUCCUUUAGCAUAUAAACUCACAGAAGGCGAGAACCCCUUUUUUUAGACUUUCCAAAUGCAUCCUGCAAAGAGAGAGAUAGCUGAUAGGGACUGACAAGCACACUGUUUGGAUAAGAAGCAAUUAGCCUUUUAUAUCUGUGCUCUAUACAUUUUCUAUGUGCAGCAUCUUUCCUAACUUGUUGUGGUUCCUGGGUGGCAGGUGCACAGCUGGGAGGGACUGCCAGCUGUUUCGUACAACGUUCUUGCCAAUUCCCUUGAGGAGAAAAUUCUUCACAUGGCUUCUGCAUGUACAGUAUUUGGGCAGCAAAACAUGAUUAAAGUCAGUUUGAAAAUGG